CUAGCUAGCUAUAGCUAGCAGGUAUUAUACAUUUAGCAUUUAUAUACAGCUCGUAUUGACCAAAUUUUUUUUUAAAAAAGGUUUAUAUAUAAAGAAUCAGAUAAAUAGCUAGCUAGCUGUUAACUUCAUUUUGAAUGAGAAGUUUAGCUACCUAGCUAGGUAGCGAUAGUCAGCCAUAUAUAUGGUUAAAUAGUUUCAAUAUUUUUUACACAUUUUUAUAUAGACGAAUUUCCGUGUGACGUCACAUAACCAGUUCCCAAGCCUCUGCGCAAAUCGACAGGCAAAAUGGCAGGCAAGAUAGUAAACAAAUAGGGUAAUUGCUUAUUAAACGAUCGUUUUAAAUCGCUUAAAAAGUAAACAAACCUUUCGAUCGAAACUUGCACUACCAUUAUGAACUCCGUUACUAAGAUUUUAAUGAUAUUCUCUAUCGCGGGCUUUUAUUCUCGACCAUUACUUCGGCUUUACAAGCCUACACACCAGGAGUACGCGAGUAAGCAAGUCCUGCAUUGUGUUCGACUAAAUAGCUGCGUUUAAACUGCGACGUUUUUAUAUCCUUGCCUUGGAAAUUUUUGUGGGUAAUUGAUACAGCCCAAAAUAUGUACGCGAGGUAUAAACACAGACCAAGAGUUGUACAGAGUAUAAUGCGACAAAACGAAAGCGGCCGCCUCGUGGUCUUCACUUCCAAUAUGUCGACCGAAUACUUCUCGAAAUUAGUAAGUGAAGAUAAACAGCAUUAUUCAAAAAAACUCACGCUUGCCAACGGAACACUCCUACGCGACCCUUUUUCACUGAAGGGAGAAGAUUGGAGCGACGAUGUAUCAUUGCUACCCGAUGUUACGCAUAUGGAUUUGUAUGUCUAUCUCAUCCAUACACCCAGUGAAUUUACAAAUGAAUCUUUGAAAGCUUAUAAAUCCUUAGAAGCUUACAACUUUUAUCUUUCUGGGCAUGUUCAAGAUGUUUAUUGCCACCUCUUGAAAGACGUUGAAUUUUGCUACAUUAAAUCCUUCGUACUACCUAGUCAGAGAUAAGGACAAAAGCAAAAACUAUAUGAUGUAUGGAUCAUUUUACACACAAGUGGAUGGGUACUUUCAGCAAAUUGUACCUGCGUUGCUGGCCUUGGCUCGGCAUGCAGUCAUGUUGCUGCCCUUUUGUUCAAACUGGUUGCUUGUGCUACAUUGGAGUUAAACAAAAAAGCUUGCACAAGCAAAUUAUGCUCAUGGAAAAAAUCUAGAAAAAGAGCACACCCUGCACCUCUGAAGCACAUAAACUUCAAAAGACCAAAAAAAAGCGAAGUCCUGCCUACUAUAGACGAACCUUUUGAAGGUGAAUUAAAAGGAUUCACAUCAAUGGAUCCCUUGAAAUUCGUAACAGAAGAGGAAAAACAACAGUGGAUUUCACUCAGUCAAAUUGCUCCAGAUGCAGUUGUACUUAAAAAUAUAAGUCUGGAUUUAGGUGAAACAACACACCAUGAUGAUAGCGAAACAGAAACUGCGGAUGAAAAUGAAAAAAACAUUCUUCCUGAACCAUUGACAUACAUAUACGACUCCGCUGCCAUAAAUAAAAAUGAAAUAGAAAUAAAUAACAUUGCUCAAAAAAAUUACAAUCAAUACAAAUCCUCGUGCUUUGAUAUACAGUUUGAAAACUUGAAAAAAUUCACAGAAGCUCAAAGCCUUAGCGACAAAUGGAUGCUACAUCGAGCUGGGCGAAUAACAGCUUCAGUUUCAAAACUUGCCUUCACUUCAGAUUUGAAAAAAACAAAAACGUUAAUUGAGACCAUCAUGCAAUAUAAAGAGCCUGUUGACGUUGUUGCAGCAAGAUAUGGGAAAAGAAUGGAGAAUAGAGCUCGUUCAGUAUAUGAACAGCAUGUCAAACAACACCAUGUUGAUCUCCAAGUUGUCACAACUGGACUUCAUAUUGAUCCAAACUUUCCAUAUCUUGCAGCAAGCCCUGAUGGAUUAGUGAAGUGCAAAUGUCAUGGUCAGAGUUUAGUUGAGAUCAAAUGCCCAUUUAAAUAUAAAAAAAGUUUGAAGCUAUGGAGAAACGAUAAAAAUUGUCCCAUUGAUAAAGCUGGGAAAUUCAAAAAAAAUCAUGCAUCCAAGUACAACAUCAAAUGUUAG